AUGGCCAAUCUAGCGUCGAUGCUUAGCGAUCAAGGGCGAUGGAAGGAUGCUGAAGAGCUGGAAGACCAGGUAUUGAAAUUGAGAAAGACACGGCUAGGGGAUAAACACCCAGACACAUUGAUAAGCAUGGCCAUUCUAGCAUCGACGUACUGGAGUCAAGGGCGUUGGAGAGAGGCUGAAAAGCUAGAGAAGAAAGUUCUGGAGACAAGAGAGAAGGUGUUAGGAUCUGAUCAUCCACAUACGCUGAGUAGUAUGGCGAAUUUGGUCUCAACAUACCGCAGCCAAGGUAAAUGGGGAGCUGCUGUAGAGCUAGAGCCCGAUGAUCUGGAAAUACGAAAGAGGGUGCUGGGGAAGAAGGGUCUGCAGACUCUAGCUAUCAUGGCUAACCUUGCAUCGACAUACCGUGAUCAGGGGGGAUGGGAGAAAGCCAAAGACCUAGGAUUGAAGGUGAAGGAAAUAAUGGAAAAUGUAUUAGGAAAGGAGCAUCAAGAUACGCUGAAUAGCAUGGCUGGACUAGCUAAAACGUACUGGAUCCAAGGGCGUUUGAAACAAGCUAAAGAGCUGGAGAUGGAAGUUUGGAAGAUGAAGAAGAAGGUGCUUGGGGAAGAGCAUCCAGACACGUUAACGAGCGCAUCUGACCUGGCGAUUACAUACCGCGAUCAAGGGCGAUUAAAUAAGGCUGAAGAGCUGGAGAAGAAAGCCUUAGAGAUGAGAAAUAAGGCGCUUGGAAAAGAGCAUCCGGAUACUCUUUCUAGUAUGUCUGCUUUAGCGUCGACCUACUUUGAACAAGGACGAUGGGACGAGGCUGAAGAGCUGGAGAAGAAAGUUUUAGACGUGAGAAAGAGGACGCUUGGAGAAGAGCAUCCAGACACGCUAACGAGCGCAUCUGGCCUAGCGAUGACAUAUCGCGACCAAGGGAAAUUGAAUGAGGCUGAACAUCAAUUCCUUGAAGUAAUAGAGAUAAGAAAGAGAGUGCUUGGAGAAGAGCAUCCGGAUACUCUUACUAGUAUGUCUGCUUUAGCGAUUACAUACGGCGAGCAAAGGCGCUUGAAUGAGGCCGAGCAGCUAGGGAGUCAAGUUUUGAAGACAAGAGAGAGAGUGCUUGGAGAAGAGCAUCCACGUACACUUAGUAGCAUUUCUGGCCUGGUGAUUACAUAUCGUGAUCAAGGGCGAUGGGACGAGGCUGAAGAACUAGAGAAGAAAGUUUUGUAG